UGAUGCGCGCUGACGGUGUAUUACAAGUGAUUUUGAAUGUUGCACUAUUUCAUGAUAUGAACGUCGAAAGGUCACAAGAAAAAUUUGUAAGAUUGUUCGCAUUUGAAGAAAACAACAGCACGCCUGUUCAAUUCACCAUUAAGCUUCCUAAUCCUAAUGCAGCUAACGAUAUACAGAGCUAUAAUGGACACAAUACCGCCAGUCACCCGACAGAUGUCUUUUCAUCAAAUCGAUGCCAUGGCCUCUCGUGCUUGA